GGCUCUCCUGUGAGCAUGCAUGAGAAGGUGAAAAAACGGGAGAAAGAGUUUCCUCCACAGUUGACCACUCUUGAGGACAUCUUCACCCACUGGCAAAAAACUCCCCCAAAUGCCAAGAAGCGAAAGGCAAGCGACUUGGGGGGAGGCACUCCAGCGAAGAAGAUCAGAGUGCCGGAUCCCAAGAGCAGCUCAGAAAGUUCAGAAGAGGAGACGGAAGCUGUGGCAGCUGGCGCCCCCGUUGUGGCUAACUCCACAGCACAGGCAGAGAGCAGCGAGGAUGAAGACUCCUCUUCAGAAGAGGCGGCGGUGGCUGGAAAGGAAAUAAAGGCGGUGAGAACUGCAGCGGCGAGCAGCAAAGCGGCUAAUUCUCUGCAGCCUGCAGCCCAAAACAAAGCCAAUGCUACUUCAGGGAAGCCAGGGGCAGCUGCUGGAGCAGGGAAGAGCAAAGCCACCUCGAACAAGCCCACGCCUGCUGCACCAGCUGCUGCUUCAGCUCUGGCCAAAGCAGGACAGAAGAAAGCCCGGGCUAAUAAGCCAGGACCUGCUGUAGCAACUCAGGCCAAAGGAGGACAAAGCAAAGCUGCAGGGGCGGCGACGGCAAAGGCGGCAGAGAGCUCGGAAAGCAGCGACUCAUCAGAGAGCGAGGAAGAGGAGAAGACACCAGCUGCCAAGCUCCCAGCUCCCAAAUCAGAGCUGAAGCAAACGCCUGGACAGGCGGAGCGCAGCAGUGAGGCCUCGAGUGAUGAGACUUCCUCGGAAGAGGAAUUGGGAGCCCCAGUGCCCCAGACAAAAGCGGCGGUGAAAGCCGCGCCUGUGAACGCCACCCCAGUGAAAAGCGCUCCGGUCACUCCAGCGCCCACCAAGAGGCCCCCAAGGAAAGUGUCCACCCCAGCUCCAUGGAAACCCGCCGUGGAUGCACCAGCCCAGAGCAAAUCGGCAGCUCCUGCAAAGGCGGCAGCGCCUGCAAAGGCGGCUGGGAGCGCGAAGGCGGGAGCCACUUCUGAGAGCAGCGACUCCUCUGACAGUGGGGAAGAGGAGGCCACACCAGCUGCGCAGGCAGGUACAUCUGCAAAGGCUCCCCCGGCCACGGCGCCGCCACUGAAAAGCGCCCCAGCCACUCCGCGGAAGCAGCCCUCAAAAGUAGCUGUGCCCAGCCAGGCCAACGCAGGGCCUGGAACACCCAGAACCGCUGCCAAGGCCUCUGGGAGUGCAGAGCCAAGAGCGAGUUCGGAGAGCAGCGACUCGGAGAGCAGCGAGGACGAGGCCCCCCCUGUGCCGAUAAGCCAGAAGAGAUUGCCAGCUCUGCAGGCAUCCUCCGGCGCCAAGCCCAGCCCGGCUGGUAACGCUGGGAGCCCCGUGAAAGCAGCAGGAAGUGCCUUGCAGGGCAAGGCCUCCACAAGUGAGAGCAGCACGUCCUCAGACAGCGAGGAGGAAGAGGCAGCCCCAAAGCAACCUCCUAACGCUGCAAUGAAGACGGCUGCUGCAGCACAGCUGGCUGGUGGCAAGAAGGCCCAGGCCCUUCCAGCCUCCCUUCCAAAAGCACAAGAGGCAGCAGAUAGCAGCGAGGAGUCCAGCGAGGAGUCUGACUCGGAGGAGGAGCUAAUCCCUCCACAGCAACCGACGCCGCCUCCGGGCACAGCAGCCGGCACAGCAAGGCCCACGCUGAUCCCUAGGAAAGGGACAAACCGAGUAGCCAGCAGCCCUGGGAAGGCAGCUGCUGGCCAGGUGUCUGAGAGCUCGAGCUCGGGUUCCUCAGAGAGCGAGGAGGAAGAGAAGCCUGCAAGCCAGCAGGGGGCCGCCUCGGGUAAAUCCGCUGCCCCUGCGGGGAAGGGUGUGCAAGCAAACGCCCCCGUGUUGCAGAGCCCUUCUGCCAAGGGCAAAGGUCCCAUGGCAGGAGCAGGAAAAGCAGGACUUCAGGCUGCAGGCAGGGCCACCCAGAGCCAGGCUGUGCCCGCCCCGCCUGCCAAAGGACAGGAGAGCUCGGAGAGCAGCAGUUCCUCAGACAGCGAGGAGGAAACGGCCAAGCAGCCCCCGAAGCCUGCAGGGACGCCCCAGAAGCAGGGAACAGCAAAAGAGGCCGAGAGCUCCUCCUCAGAGUCCAGUGAGGAAGAGCCGCCACCUUCGCAGUCCCUCCUGACAGGUUAUCCUAGUCUUCCUAAGGCUCCAGCAACACCCCAGGUACCGAAACCUGCUUCCCUCACCUUACCCAAACCGGGGGGAAGAAAAGCAGCAGCCACUGCCAGCCCCCCAGCGAAAGCCGCCCUGCCCGACGUCUCAGCGAGCGACAGCAGUGACUCUGAUACAGAUGCUGAGGCGACGCCAGCCAGCCAGAAGGCAGAGAGCAAGUUGUCCUCUUCUGGGGCGGAAGCUGUCGCGCCAAAAGUGGCCUCCAGCAAAGGAAGUGCUGGAGGGAAGGUGGGAGAAGGAGGGGCCAGCUGCAAAGCCGCCCCAGCAAAGAAAGCCCAGGCAGCGGCCCAAAACGACGGUGGUUCUAAGGGCACUCCGGCCACGCCCUCGCCAUACGCUCUGCUGUCCAUAGCUCAGUCGGAGGAGGAGAGCUCAGCGAGUGACAGCGAAGACGAGACGACCACGGCUGCCAAGGCUCCUGCUGGCCCCACACCAGGAGCGCAGGAGGGGGGGAAGAAGGUGAAGAAAACUCCUGUGGCACCAGCCAAAGCUCUGAAAGCUGCGAAACCGCCCAAGAGCGGGGACAAAGAGAACAAGAAGCAGAAAUCCUCUGCGAAGAGGAAGCUGGCGGCGGGGGACGCAUGUGUUGCCGAGCCCAAGCCGAAGAAGCUGAAAAGCAGCCUCGAAGCUCCCAAAAAGAAAAAAAGCAAAGGGGAGGGAGCAGCAGGCAGCAAGGAGGAGAAGAAGAAGAAAUCCAGUAAAAAAAAGAAGACUGUGAAAGACAAGAAGAAGAAAAGCAAGAAAGCUGCCUCCAGAGUGGAGCCGAGCGCAGACGGGUCUGCUCCCACCCACAAAAAAAAGAAAAAGAAGAAGAAGAAAACGGCAGAGCUCGGGGGAUCCUUGUGAGAAGAGCGCCUCCUUCGACUGCUGACAGCAAACGAAUGGGGAAGAAGCUCAGCAGAGGAUGGCUUCAAACUUUAUUUUUUUUAAAAAAAGGAAAACAAUACUUCUACAUCUUAAUUUAUAACUUCUUUUAACUGCGACUUUUAGAGCCCUACUCCCCCCCACCCCGUUGCACUUUGCUGCUUCGUCCACCACGGUGUGUUGCUCCCCGAACGGCCCCCCAGCCUUUGCACUUUGUAACCAGCUGGGAGGCAACCGGAACAGGAAAUGGAGCAGCCCUGUGGGUGGAAGGGAUACGAAGCAGACUCCUGCAGCGUGACUUGUCCCCUCUUAGAAGUGAGAUGCAGCAAUCUCUCGCCAGAGCUAUAUUUUUUAAGAGAAACUUCCAGUCUUUGUGGGAGCGCGGUGUCUGUCUUUUUGCUACCUACCUAGCCGCUCUGGGGGUCACUUUCUAACAUAACUUUACAACCAGGGUCUAUGGGUAUUACAUGCACUGUCCCUGCGGCGCCUCUAGUCGGCCAGGGUGCGGGCAAGGCCGAGGCUGUGCUCUGGGGUUCCUCGUUUUGAGGGAAUGCAGAAAUAAAAUUGAUUUUGAGCA